AUGGUACACAGAUAUGCCAAUUUCAACGCUAUUUAUCCUGCUGAAACGUUAAAAUCACAUGGCUCUUGGGCUACUCGGGUUUUUACUCCGGUCGGGGAAAGAGAGAGGAGGAAUUAUGGCGGAGAAGAGAUUUUGGCCUAGCGUAUCGACAGAUCGAAGGCAGACUAUCAAAGAUGCAGUUUUCGUGUAG